AUGAUGCUGCUGCAUGACCUGCCUCACUGCUAUAGAGAAAUUGAGGGAAAUGAAAUCCUAUCAAGAACCUUUGAGUCCAAUGAGGUACUAACUCCACUUCAAAUUCCUUCUCGUCCAACUGUCUCACAAGACAGAUAUAAAGAGUUCAGGGAAGCCUUUCACUGCUGCAAGCUACCCUGGGGAGCAGAAAGGGAGCAUGGAGGAAUUGCACUACCUGUAUUUCCAGAAGACCACAGGGCAAAGAAAAAGUCUCCACGUACUUUUAUUAAAGUACAUCAACAUUACGGUAGUGGUGUAGACCCUUGGCCAAGAGUCCUCCCCACUGAGCAGCACUGUGACAUCACCCAGCUGAAAAACAGUGAUAUGUAUAUGAAUGAUGAACUGCUUCAUAAACCACCAGACAGUUUGGCUAAACCACUCUGCCUGCCAUUUCCCACCUCUCAUCCCUACCAGACACACAUCUCUAGGUACGCCGUGUUCCCAAACUUCAGAUCACCUGAAGAUCGAGACACCGGGAUUGAUGCAAGCAGUCAUCAGCCUUUUCAUCCCAAUAUCCCUACCAAGCCUUUUGAUGCGGUUGUUCUGAGGAAGACCAGAGGUAAUCCAUAUAGGCAUGAAGUUGUCAGUAUUCCUUCUGACUCCCAGAAGGCGGCUGUGCACUGGCCGGGACAGGACAUAUACUUCCAGGUUUUUAAAGAGCUAGAACAUAACCUCUCCUCAAGAACAGCCAAUAUGCUACGAAAUACUGAAAGGGCUCUGGGGAUCACAACAUACAAUCGGGACUUCACAGGAAGAGGUCCUAUGAAUCCCCUUAUCCUGGAUAACUAUUACAUGAAAGCAGUUGGCAGAUUAACUGGAGAACUAGGUGAAGACAUGGAACUAAAAGAAACGUUUCUGCCUAGUCUCUCACAAGUGAGACCUCUUGAAGGGCGCACUGCACGUUUACUUCAAGGGCGACGUCCCCGUGAAUCAAUCCUGCAAGAACAGCACCAAGAGCAAACCACUCUGCCUCAGACAUGCUACCAGAAAGUUCAUUAUCUGGACACAAGGCCGCAAAAAAACAAACUUCAGAAAAUCACUGACACAUUGCAAACAGAAGCAUUGUACAGGGAGCAGCUUUCAGGAAGGCCUGAACUUGAAUCCCUUCCAAAAUCUGCAUGUUCCCUUUCCUGCAAAGACUUUGGGCUCACACAUUUGGAUCAAAACACGGUAUGGGAAGAAAACCCAGUUAGUCUAAGUAAGCCAGGCUUACCACUGGAUGUAAAGAGUGAGGAAAGCAGAAUGCUAUCGUACAAGCUUUGUCAUGAAGAAGCAUGUCAGUCUGCAUGGAGACCAGAGGAUGGGUCAAGAGAGACAGCACUGCCUGAAUGGAUCCCUAGCUGUGAGGUUCCCCAGCGCCAGACAGCCCUGCUGGAGCUGCAGCAUUCCUUCUCUAAGACAGCAGCACAACAAUGUUUUCAUGAUUCCAUAAGAGGAGAGACAAACGACCUC